AUGCCUCCUCGAACAAACGGACCACCUCCAGCAGUCAAGAAUGUCGGCUACAUUGGACUUGGAAAUGCUGGCUUCUCAAUGGCAUCGAAUCUGCCCAAAGCUGGCUACAACCUGGUCGUUCACGAUGUAGACGAUGCAAAAGUCCAAAAAGCUGCGAAAGAGUGGAAGAACACCAAGGCUGCGAAUGGCAAACCAGAAGCAUUCGCAGACUGCGAAGUCAUUGUAACCAUGCUGCCACAAGGCAAGAUCGUGAGAGAAGUGCUGCUCGGGAAAGACAAUUUCGCAAGCGCAUUGAAGCCAGGCACGAUCAUAGUAGACACAUCCUCCUCCUCCCCUUUCGACACAAUCGCCCUAGGCAAAGACCUCGCCUCCCACAAAAUCACCCUCGUCGACUCCCCCAUCACCCAAACCUACAUGCACGCAACCGACAACGGCGAAUCCACGCUGAUGGUCGGAAGCGACGACCGCUCCGCCUUCGAAAAAGCCGAACCCAUAAUCCGAACCAUGGCCAGCUACGUCUUCUACAUGGGGAAACUCGGAAACGGCCAUGCCAUGAAAACUUUAAACAACUACAUCAUGGCGUCUUCAAUCUGCGCUUUAGCAGAUUCCUUAGUCACAGGACAGAAAUUCGGGUUAGAUCCACAACAAAUGCUCGAAGUUUUGAAUGUAGGGACGGGCGUCUGUUUUCCCACGCUGGAUACGUUUCGAAGAGAUGGGAUUACGCGACGGUAUAAUAGUGGGUUUGGAUUGGCGUUGCUGGUCAAGGAUUUGGGGAUUGCGCAGGAGUUCAUGGAGUAUAAUGGUCUUGAGACGGAGUUGCCGGCGCUGGCGAAACGGUAUCUUGGGGAUGCGUUGAAAGAGGUGGAGCCUACGGCUGAUCAUACUGCUGCGCUGGUGGGUUGGGAGAAGAGGAGUGGAGUUAAGUUGAAGAAGACGGAGAAGGCUGAGGAUAUCCCUGGGAAGGAUUUUGAGCAUAGGUUGAAGGGGUUGAAUCGGUCGGCGAAUAUCUGA